CCCAAAGAUUUUUUUGUGCCAAAGUACAGCCAUUCAGCGUGCGAUAUUUGGAUACUGCCAGGUGUUGCAUCUCUCUCUUCCUCUCUCUCUACCAGUACCCGUGCUCUUUUACCCCUGUUCGCGCACAGUAAAUCCGCGCUGCGCGUCCACAGCUGAUCAAACAGAUUUCGCUCUCCUGCUGCACAUCACCUGCUGCCUGCUCUCGAAAAGGCUUCCCCCGAAACAGUCCUGUCUGCAAUGCAUUGAUCUGUUAAUCCAGGACCUCACUUGAGUUCUCAUACCCAGAAUGAGUUCUUCCCCUGGGCCGGUUCCUGAGUCAGCUUCCCGUACGCUCCAGCAGGAACUGUGCUCUGGCAAGGUCCAUCGUGGGGACUCAUCCGCCCUCUUACCCCCUGUCUACACUUCCCCGCUUAGCAUGGACACCCAGACCAUCUGCAUUCCUUCUCCUUAUGUGGACACCAGUCAGGGUUACUCACCACCACAAGGGGGAGAGUUCAACCACAGAGCUCUAACAGUGUACAGCCCGGUGUCCUCCAGAGUGCUGGGGUAUCCCCGUCCACCCGUGUCUGAAAACCUGGUCCCACUCAGUCCAACAAUCUUCUGGCCUCCUCACAGCACACAUGCUUCUCUGUCUCUGCACUGCCCGCCUCCUCUGGCCUACAGUGAAACACAUACACACGGCACAUGGGAGGACGGCGAGACAAACACAUUUAACCAAAGCAGUUCUGUCCUUACCCAGGCAAAGCUGUUAGGGCAGCAACUAGAAGGCGAUGAUGGCUUUGAUCCUUCAUCAGACAUUUUGGGUAAAGGAGACACACACUUCUGUGCAGUGUGUCAUGACUACGCCUCUGGGUAUCACUACGGGGUCUGGUCAUGUGAGGGGUGCAAGGCUUUCUUCAAACGAAGCAUUCAAGGACACAAUGACUACAUUUGUCCAGCCACCAACCAGUGCACCAUCGACAAGAGUCGUCGUAAGAGCUGUCAGGCCUGUCGACUCCGCAAGUGCUAUGAAGUGGGCAUGAUGAAGUGUGGUGUGAGGCGAGAACGGUGCAGUUACCGCGGUGCCCGUCAUCGUCGCCAUCCCCAGACAAGAGACAGCUCAGGUGGCUCAGGCAGAACGUUAGGGGUCAGAGGUCGCUCCCAGCAUCAUCUAGAAUUUCCACUCAUCUCCCCUCAUCACCUCGUCCCUUCUGGGGGUGAUCCCGAGGGGCGUGGCCUGGGCCUCUCCGCUGAACAGCUGGUGAACUGUAUUCUGGAGGCGGAGCCUCCUCAGAUUUACCUGAAAGAGCAGGUGCAGAAGCCGUACACUGAGGCCAGCAUGAUGAUGUCACUAACCAACCUCGCUGACAGGGAACUGGUGCUCAUGAUCAGCUGGGCUAAAAAAAUACCAGGUUUCGUGGAGCUGUGUUUGUCCGAUCAGGUGCAUCUGUUGGAAUGCUGUUGGCUGGAUAUUCUGAUGUUGGGACUGAUGUGGAGAUCCGUAGAUCAUCCUGGGAAACUCAUCUUCUCACCAGACCUCAAGCUCAACCGGGAUGAAUGGGGUUGUGUUGAAGGCAUCAUGGAGAUCUUUGACAUGCUGCUGGCCACCACCUCUAGAUUCAGAGAACUGAAGCUACAGAGAGAGGAAUAUGUCUGCCUUAAAGCCAUGAUCCUUCUCAAUUCUAAUAACUGUUCAAGCUUGCCGGAGACUCCUGCAGAUGUGGAUAGUCGAGGGAAGGUUCUGAAGCUGCUGGACUCAGUGACCGAUGCUCUGGUUUGGACCAUCUCCAGAACUGGACUGUCCACACAACAGCAAUCCAUUCGUCUCGCCCACCUGCUGAUGCUGCUAUCACAUAUUCGACAUCUCAGCAACAAAGGCAUUGAGCAUCUGUCAAGCAUGAAGAGAAAAAACGUGGUGUUGCUGUAUGAUCUUCUGCUGGAGAUGCUGGAUGCUAACACGUCUCAGAGCAGCCGGAUGCUAGAUACCCACACCGAACCCAACCACACGUCCAGAAAGCAGACAGCACUAACAGAGGAGAACAGCCAGGAGAGCCACCACAGACCACGAUCUACGGAGACAGUGACCGGGAAAUUAUGUUCUAGCCCAAACAGAGAGCACAUGGAUACAGACUGACAUUCUCUCUUUUGUGGGGUAAAAAUCUCUCUGGAUCCAGCAUUAGUCUGAUCUGGAAAAGACAAUUAUAGAUAGUAAAUGACAACCUGAACCGAACUGGGUUUACAAACUGUUCUCAAUCCUGCUUCAUCAUUACCGACAUUAAAUUUGAACUACAUUAUUUGCCUUUUCUUUUGGCAUAAUGUCACCAUGGAGAAAUGUCCUAUCAUGACAAAUGUUGUGUUUAA